AUGGCUUUACGCCGCAAGUUAUCGGGAUCACCAGUUGAGGUAUGAAAUUUUUUUUUCAGUCCAUUCCGCAGAUAGUUUCUUUCAAAAGUGAAAUAUUGUAGGAGAUUUGAGAGUCAUACACAGUGUGUCCUGCAGCAGACUACAAAAUAAUUAUUUUCUCCCUGAGUGUCAAAUAUUCACACGCUAGGACAUGAACUAUAUAGCUUGCAGGUUCGUAAAAAAUUCAAAAUAUUUUCCUGUCAACUCCAGCUGUUUUUUUAAUUUAAUGAUGUUAACGCCACAUAAAGUGAAUUCAAUUAUUUAUUGCGCGAUGUUUUGUUAACGAAGUCUGACCUUGAGCCGGGUAAAUUAAUGAUGCGCAUGGAUGAGAAAAACUAAAAUUAUCCAAAGAGAGCCAAAUUUACUUCCGAUCGUAAUAGCGUGAUUUUACUUCUUACUUUGAAACUAAAUCGACUGCAAGGCUUAAAAUAAUGGUCGAAUACUUUAAAAUUUCUUUGUGCAAGUAUUAAUUUUGCGUAGAGUAUUAAUAAUUAGUGAGUGUAUUAUAAAAUACAUGUUUCGUAGCAGAUAAAACUAAUCCGCCAUCAAACAAACGUUAUCUGUGUAGAUGGACAAGUAUUCUAGACUAGAAAAGCAUUAAAGGGAAGUUAUUCUUUAAAAUAAACUAAUCUUGGGCAGUAUUAAAUAAUGGCUUUGCUUUUGAACGCAGUCUUGUAAGUAAUUUUUAAGUAUUAUAUUUGUAAGUAUUACUGUAUAUAAUAGACAAUAUUAUCAAUUUGAUAAUAUUUGAUAAUACUUUUGGUGUCUGAAAAACAUGACACUUCCUUAAAUUAAUGCACGUAUCACUGUAUACAUGUACAUUUGUAUUUGCAUCUCUUCUUAAUUAACCCACUAAUCAUAGCUAUAACAAAAUACUCAAAUCUGAUUGGCUAUCAACUGCCCUGAUAUCAGCCUUUAAUAAGACAAUUUAUUAGGACAGUACGCGUCAUGCCUAAGUAAUUGCGAGCAAAAAAAAAUGGAAUUUCAUCUGUUUUAAUUUAAAAAAGAGCCUUAUAUUUCACAAAUUUUGGGAAACUGCCCACCUACCCCUCCCCUAAGCCAACAUUAAUACUUACUUCUCACUUAAGGCAAAAUGUUGGCUUAGGGGAGGGGUAGGUGGGCAGUUUCCCAGAAAGGUAAAAUAAUCCAAAUUUUGUUAAAGUUAUGAUUAAUCAUUGGUAACAGAACUUCGUGUUGUCCAAUUCGGACUGUAAUCAUACUUGUGAUUAAAAAGAUCGGACUACCACAUCACUCGUAUGAUUACAGACCGAAUUAAACUCCACUAAGUCCUGUUACCAUUACAAACUCUCUGAUUUGUAUACCCUAUCCUUGAGUAAACUGCUUGAAAACCACACCCUUCACAGCGGCACAUACCUGUAUAGCCCAUAUAUGGCAGUACCCCCAGGGGUUUAUCAUCUCCCGCCCUUCAAAUUAAUUGCUGUUGGUUUCGAAUUAGCAGAGUUUGAGUCUCAGAUAAAACCGCAGUGUUCAGAGGAGAUGUGUUUGUCAUUAGAAACAAAGAUGGGUUAUUUUGAUUGAGUUGCAGUUUCGUUACACAUUAUUAAAGCUAUUUUGUUAAAGUUAUGAUUAAUUGCAGGUAACUGAACUUUAUUACUACUUUUAAUACAUGUGCAAAAAAUCGGCACAGCACCAUUCAUUAAUUUUCACUAUGCUUGUAACAAACUUGUGGAAACUACAAUUUACCAACAUGUAAACACACCAGUACCACCAAAGGUUGGCACUGGUGCCCCGACUUUUUGGGGUGCUAACUACCAGUGGACCCGAGUCUCAGCAGUUCUUAUCAAGGCAGGUUGCCAGAAAAGAAAUGCAUUUUAUCAAUUUUGCUGAGGUUACAAUUUGUACAACCAAGAUGCAUGUGCAGCCUGCAAAGAAAUUAGUAGUGUCCGAUACCCGGGGGGUAGUGGAUUUUGUUAACGGGCUAGUAAAUUCUGUUUUUAACUUGCCCGAUGGGCAAGUGAUGUUUUUUGAGGAAUUCAAAAAAACAGAAGAACUGUGAAAUCAAUUCUGCUAGUCAAAAAGUUUGUGGAGCUAGUUGAAAUGACAUCUGGGCUAGUAAAUGCUAGCUUAAGCUUCAGCUUGCCCGAAUGGCAAGCUGUAAAAAUGAUUUUCUUUGUACCCUGAUGUGUUGUUUUUACAAAAAUGGCGGCUGCUAGCUAAUUCACCAAUGAAAGUCAAAGAAGAAUCAUGGACUUGCAAGGUCAAACAAGGCAAAAGACCUGUCUCUAGAAUUAUGGGCAGAUUGAAAAAUGGAAUUGCCUUCGCUUCGUACCUCUCUGAUGGGGACAUAGACUGGCCAAGCUUAGACUUGACUGUCACUGAAGCUUCCCCUUGGCUUUCGCUCGCUUCGCUCGAUUUUCUCGUUCGCGCUUUCCUCGCUCGCGUGACCAUCCUAAGGGACUGCUCACAGUCUAAUGGGGACAUCUCUGUUACGGCGGACACUGAAAAUGGUCAUUUUUAUAUUGUUAUUGAAAAAUUCUGAAAAAUAAACAGUUACAAUUAAUUAUAAGUUGGCAAAAGUUCUGUCACGAGUUUUCAUUUAUAAUGGUAACACCAUCAAAUUUCAAAUUUUUGUUAGAGUCACUCGCAUGACAAAAUAUCUUAAGCUGCCACACAUGCACCUUGGACUUGGUACUGCCUAGGCCUCUCUCUGAAGUAAUAAACAGAUCUAGCAUGGAUUCAUUUGCAGCAUAAUUGCAUAUAAAGUUGCCACAUUUGUCCUCUGGUAUAUUUUUUUCCUUUUUAUCUCAAAUACAUGCCCUGGCAACAAGCAAGUUGAAUGAUCUUCCCCCAUGCAUGCAUACAGUCUCAGUUUCUCGCAUAGUUUAUUACAGCUAACUGGUAACAGUCUUUUCUUUUUAAUCCACCAUACUUAGGUGUACAAAGCCUGGUUGAAUUGCUGCUUAUUGGAAUAUGGUGACUCAACCAAGAUCAACGAUCUGGCUGAGGGCUUAAAAGAUGGGAUUGUGCUAUGCCAGCUGAUAAAAUUAACUACAGGAAAGGAGAUUGAUCAAAGUCAAAUGGUAUUAAUUAACUUUUCAUUUUGUAGUUAUAUUGUGCUAAAUGCCUAGUUUUCAAACUUAAGUGGAAAUUACAAGCGCCGUUGUUGGUACAGUGGAAUCGAACCCUGUUAACACGGUCACCAUAUCAAAUUUCCAGCUAAAAAUAAUUUCAUGUCUUGAGUGGGUCAUAAGUCACUUAGUAGAGGUGGUUACAUAUGGAAGUUUGACUGUAGUUAUAUUAUACAUGUAUUCAAAAAAGAAAAUUAUAAUAUUUACAAAUUAUUUAAUUAACGUGUCUCCUUGUGCAUUAUCACUUUUCACUGAAGUUUCGGUUUCCCCAUUCAGGUUAAAGAUGAACAUGUCUCAGAGAGUACACACUUAGUGCAACUUGUUAUAGAUUACAUGAAAAGUAAAGGAAUUGAUGUCUUGUGCCAAGCUGAAGGUAAAAUUCUUAUCUUUUAAGUGAUUUUAAUGUAAUACGUUGUCCUCAGUGGAUAGGCACAAAAUUCUGAAGCUCUUAACUUUUUCAUUUGCAUUCUUACCGUAAAUCCUCUAUUAAGCGCCCCCGCCUCUCAAAUAAGCCCCCUCCCUCUAAUAAGCUUCCCCCCUUUUCAGGGGAAGAAAGUUAAUAAGCCCCCAUCUCUGUUAACCCCCCCCCCCUCCCCUAUUUAUUCUUUACUAAUAAAUGAUAAACUGUAUUAAUCAACCACAACUGUAAAACUUUGUGUAGACUGGUCUGGGAUGGCUUACUUACCAACUGGAAGAUCGGGUUUGAUUCUGAUCCUUGGCUGCAUGACCUAAAACUUCUUGUACUUGAGUUUUCCCACUUUGUUUUCUGGUUCUUUAUGGAGAAUGGCUUUUGAUGAAUCAUCAGCGCUAUGUUCUCCAUGAAUUGUGGGCCUUUAAGUGCACUGAGACCUCAGACAGUAGACCUACAUACAUGUAUACUGUCUGGUAGAACAUACAGUAGACAGCAGAUGUGUACUCUAUAACUGACUGCAGGUUAACACUGCAUACUGUACCUUAGACUGCAGACCUUGAUCAAAAGCUAUAUACAAUGUAGAACUUUGACUGCAGAACUCGACUUGCAGACCUUACACUGCAGAUGUCAGUCUGCAGACUACAGGCUGCAGAACUCAGUCCUCACUUGCUGCAGAACUCGACCUUCAAACCUCAGACUGCAGACCUCAGACUGUAGACUUCAGGCUGCAGACCUCAGGCUGCAGACCUCAACCUGCAGACCUCAGACUGCAGACCUCACAGUCUACAGAACUCAACCUGCAGACUGCAGACUGUGGAUAGUCUUCAGACCGUAGACUUCACACUGCCAACUGGUGACUUUGUGAUUGAUAUUUGGAGAUUAAGAAUCACAUUUAAAAUGUUAAGUAAAAGGGUGAUGGUGCACAAGGGCCAAAGGUCCAAUCAGCUGGAGCUUAUCCCAGUUUCCUUAGCAUGAAGCAUGCGGUGCCUAGGAGUAUUGCUACUCCCCCUGGAUGGGGUGCUAGUCCAUCAUAGACUUACCCCCAGUAGUAUGUCGCCGGUUAAUUGGGUACCUGGAAAAUACACUGGGUGAAGGGAGACAUAGUGGAGUAGAGUCCAUUGUGUAAGGGAACAAUGUUAGAAAAAAAUGUUCAGUGCAAAAUUAAUGUCAAUAAGUACCAAGUGACCAUGUUUUCUGUUCUUGCAUGCUAGUGGAGCCACAUAUAUAGCAAAGAAUUUAAUUUUGGUUAUCCAUCCAUCCGAGAAAUUUGGGUUGUCACAUGACCAUAAUUACAGCAAUGUAUGUCCUUCUGUCUGUCCACCUGACUGUUGACAUCCUCACAGACACCACAGGGUAACCAUUUUGAAUUCUUGCUUUUUUGAGCUAGUGUGGGAGCCUGCAAUCUGAUUUUGCACAUCCAUGUUGUGAUCAAUUGACAGCUGUCAAAACAGGGUAUCUGCUGACCAGUAUUGCAAAACCGUAUCAUGGGCUCAGGUGUCGGCCCAUUGAGGCUGGGUGUUUCUUUUUUUUAUUAUCCGCUGACAAGUUACAUUUUACUAAUUUUCAAGUGAUCGCAGGCUCGGGUUCUUUUCCUAUUUUUUUCUUUAAUUUUCAUCUUUUCACUCUUUCUUUUUCUUUUUUUUUGGUCUCAGACAUUUCAAGUGGGAAGCUCAAAUUUAUCCUGGACAUCCUGUGGCUUAUCAUCUUACAUUUUGAAAUUCACAGUGCAAGUUAGUACAUGUUCUACAGUGCAACCUCUAUUCCGGGGACACCCUUGGGACCUAGACAAGUGCCCCCUGAAUACAGGUUGGGCCGGGGUUUUUUUAUUAAUAAUUAACCAACAAAAAAAAUUAUUCUGCUUAGGAAACUUAUGCAGCCAUUAUUUCAACCAGCUAGAAAAUGUACAAAAAGUCAUGGUUAACUUUGUUAACUCCAUGAUUUUGUUUGUUGAAUUCCCACAAGUGCAGUACAUGGAUUUAUGUGAGAUGGGCUUUGUAUACAACACUCGUUGUGGUCAGGUACAUUUUGAGAGCUAAGACACUUCCCCUAAACCCUGAAUGGAGGUUAGUCCUGUUCUCCUGAAUAUAGACGUCCCUUCAAUAGAAGUGUCCCAAAGGAGAGGAUCCACAAUGCCUUGCAACCUCAGUAUUCCUUACAUUACAUACAUUUUACCCCUGGCUAUUUCUAAGUUGUGGUAGGCAGCAGAGUUAGUUCUGCCUGUGCACUACACAUCCUUACUAUACAAACCUUUGCAGAUGGCGACUGAAUCUGAUUAUUAUGAAUUUUACUAGUGCACUUGUACAGAGUACAGUUCUGUACUUAGUAAAGCUAAGUCUAGUAAAUUUUUCGUGGUCCUUAAUUCUUAGAUCGUGCAGCGUAUCAGAGGACAGUCAAUUUAGGCAAGAGGUUCCUUUUGGAAUGGUGCCUUACAGAAAUUCCAAGCUCUGCGAUUGACCCAAGAGGACCAUUUUUGGACUUGUAAGUCGAGAGGUUUUUUACUUAGUUAAAGGAGUAGGCUGGUAGUAGGCUCGAUUACCAGCCGCUUGUCGGGAAAAUGAGCCCGCACUCGAGCCUAUUAAAGGAGCUGCUACACGCUGUUUUGUUAUUAAUGCCAAUAACGCGUCCUUAUUAGCCAUGGAACUUGAAAACAUAACCUGUAAUAUAAAUGGCAAAAUCAGAACAUCGUGUCAAACAUUUUGUCUCCAGACCAUUAAUGUAAUUAUCAAACAAUACAAAGAACAAAACUAAACUUAGAAAAAAAGUGUUAGACUAAAACCACGAUCGCAAUCCGUUUCAGCUAGGCCCUAUCCGUACGUAUCCGUUUUUUUCUCCGUUUUUAAAAAUAUCCGCUUCCACACGUAACGUAUUCGAAUCACACGAAAACGCAUAUUAUACGUUGGAAAUACGAGAGCAUCACUUGCAGAACAAACGUAAUUCUCGUAGUAUCGCAUUUUCUCAAGUAAACGCCCCUGGCGUUUAAUUCAAAGUUGGUCUUGUGAACCGGGCGUUUGUUUAAAUCUGCAGUUUGUUCUGGCCUCCUGCUUCUAGAGAAAACUUAGGAAAUUAAGACACCAUGAAUCGUAUUCGAAAAACUCCGUUUUCGUCCGUCCACACGUAAACGAGAAGCAGGUGUUUUCAAAACUCCUAACCCUGGAGUGCGCUUUCGGUGACCGUUUUCACCGGAUACGUGUGGUUGGAAGGCCAAACCGGAGAAAAAAAUCUCUGGUGCCUGCUUUGCAUUUCAAUGCUCUGUUAUUUAUACCUUCUUUGAUUUGUAGUUUGGAGCAGUUACUUCUGUUUCACGCAAUUUCAUGACAGUUGCACGGUUCGAAUUUUGAUAAACGUCCUGACACAGCUCCUUUUAAUGUUAAUUUUUAUUUGCUGUUGAAGUCUGACAGACGUUUUUUUUUUCUUGCUUGUUUUUGUUUUACAUAAGUUUACGUGAGUAUUUUUUAACUCUACAUGCAUUUGCCACUGUUAAGUUUAGUCCCGGCUUAUUUUUACCACUGGCAAUUGCACAAUUGAAAUAAAUAGAUAGCUUAUAAAAAAAAAAAUUCCUGAUAUUUACGGGUUUUUUCGCCCCUCUUCACGUAGAAAUACAAUCAAGAUAGAUCUAGAUCAAUCUAUUGUGAUCCCGGUUCGUGGACCGUGAUUGAAGUUCGUGACUGUUCUAGUGUGCUAACAAUGGAACUGUACAAUGCACACUUGACAAUUGACAGCAGACUUAUCAAAUUACUUGUGUUCGUGAUUAACGGGGUUUUUUUUUUAAUAAAGCGGUUUAAAAAAACCCAGAACCAUCCAAACAUUGCGUAUUUCCCGUUCGUGUUGUAUUUUCUCCGGUAUUAUGACAGGGAAUUUUAAUACAUGUACAUUAGUCUACCUUGUCCGCAUAGCGUUUCAUUUUCAGUAUAAGCGCUUGAUAGAGAACACAAUUGCAACUGAUUCUGUUUUCACAUCACU